AUGAUGCUUAACAUUCGACUUGUAUAUAGUGCUUCACCAUACGCACUCAUGAGGUUCAAGUUACCAGAGAAUCUGUUCAGUGUAUUUGUAAGGGUUAUGGCCAGUGCUUUAGAACUUUGGUGCCUCCCUAGUAUGACAAUUGGUAACAUUAUAGACUUUAUUAGAAAACAAGAUAUGGAUGAUGAAACUAAAAAGUGGCUCUUUACCUACCAAUCUAUAUUUUGGUCAUGGGCCAAUUUUGCCACAUUCGGCAUUUUGUGGAUUGUCUAUGUUAUUGGUGGUGAUCAGGGUAAUGUUACAGCCUUCUACUGGGUUAUCGCAGCUUCCGGCUUUGUUUUCGGUAUUAAUAUGGUUAUGGUGUAUGCUAUGGAAUUUUGGUAUCUUCCAUACUAUAUGGUAGGUGAAAACUCAUUUCCAAUGGUUACAUCAUUAAUGCAUUAUGUUAGUACAUCAAUCUUUGGUAAUCGUAGGAAAUAUGAUUCUGACUACAUCGUAGUAUAUGUGGAUAUUGUUAUCUCAUUAGCAAUUUCUUUUGUUGCAGCAGUUCUAUGGACCUGUUGCUAUUACUCUGGAACACAAGGAUACCCACCCAAGGAUUCUAAUCAAAAGGACUGUGUAACACUCAAACUUGAAACCAAAACAGGAGGCACUGCUACUGAACUGACAUACUCCAUAGGAACUGAUUAUGGUAAUAAGGAUGUUUUUGGUGCUCACAUAAAGACCACAGGUGAUAAGUGUAAGUAUCAGGGCAUUCCAUACUAUUUAUACUUGGUACCUCCAAGUCUUAUGGUCCUCGUUGGUAUGGGACUAGUAUAUACCAUAUAUCCUGGUAUAGCACCUGGUAUGAUUGUACCAUUCUAUCUAGUUGAUAAGAUUGAGAUGAUACUCCUAAUAGCUACUGCAUUUCCACCAGUCAUCAUCAAACUAGUUCCAGUAUUUGAUGAACGCUUUGAUCCGUAUGUACUGAAGGGUAGUUGGGGUGUCUAUCACAAAAAGGUAUGUAAAGCUGGUGAUGAACAAGAUCCAGGACCCACUGGUUGUCCAGAAUAUACUGAGAAAAUCAAAAGUAUUAAACUAGCCAUUUCCAAUAGUGGUACUGGUGGUAAUAUCCAUACAAUAACCCUCAGUGAUGGUGGUAGUGGUAGUGCUGGUGUACUAAGUACUUCCAAUGCUAUCAAUCUCGCCACUAAUGGCACAGGUACCCUAACCAUCAAAAUUCCUGGUGGUGAAAUAGCACUCAAAGAACUUUCUAUAGGCACUGGUAAUAAACUGACAAUCAAAAGUGGUAAUUCUAAGGUAUCUGUUACUAAAAUGACAUGGGGUCAAGAAGAGCCUGUUAUGCUCAACGAAACUGCUGCCCUUACCACCAGCGGUAAAACACUGACAAUCAACAGUGGUGGUGGUGGCACAGAUGCCACUAUUAACAUCACUGGUGAUACUAAUGUUGAACUAAAUUACAGCGGUGGCACUAGUGAGAUCACAAUCAGUGGUAGUGCCAUCGAUGCUCUUGGUGCCCGUUUAAUAGCUACUGAUGAACUACAUGACAAUCACAAAACUGAUAAGUGCUGUUUAUAUGGUAAAGUCUAUAAAUGGUCAGAUGAACAUCCUAAUGCAGUCUACUGGAAUAUCUUUAAUAUUCUCAUGCCACUUCAGAUCUGUCUCGCUUCCAUAUUCAUAUAUUCAAUUCAUUAUAGAGAUUCGUUGAUUGCUCGUGUUAUUGUUAAUCAACCUAAGAUGUCUACUGCACUAAGUAUCUUGUUUUAUAUGUGUCAUGAAAUAUUGCUUGCUGUAGGUUUUCCAGGAAUAGCUUCUGACGAUGAUGUUCUAUUACCAAUGCAACUGGUAGGUGCAUUCCUUAUGGUACUCCUAGCCUUCUAUUCCAUAGGCUAUAUAACAGAAUAUAAGCGGCACGACCCUUCCCAGUGGCCAACAACGGGCAUGACAAAGUGGAAUGCCCUGUGUUACUGGUUAAAGAUGGCGAGUAAAAUUAAAAUAAAAAUUUAA